AGAGCCCUUGUGUUGCUGCAUUGAACUUUAACCUUCUUUCCUGAAAUGCCGCUGUAUGUAUAAUAAAAGAGGUCAAACUUGGCCUCGUGUGGUUAGUUGUAUAUGUUUUCGCAUAUCAAAGCGAGGUCGCUUGCUAUCUGUGCAAGGAAAGAAAGCAGACGAAUAAAACAUUAUCUGUCGAUAAAUUUAACGAUUUUCUAACAAUACCAACUGACCAAAGUCAUGUGACCUGAUGGUCUCCCUUGAUCCCCUGACUGGGCCGCGCUAAAAACUCGACUGUUAUGAAGGGUCCAUUCCUUUGAGCGUCAUGAUACAGCUGUUAGUGCCAAUAGUUCUUCUGAUGGCCUUGACUAACAGCCAAGAAACACUACGGGGCGAGUCCGCCAUUACUCUGCACAAAGACGCGCCAAAUGACGUCCAUUUGAUAAACUGCCAAAUUCCCGCCAAUACGAGCAUCGCAUCAGAUGAUGAAAUAGUCUGGGUCGUGCCGUCCGACGUGCUGCUGGCGAAAGGGGACGAUGCAAAAUCUCUGCGCCAGGCCGACGGUGCCACGUGGGUGCAGCAGACUUCAAACUAUUCCCUAAUUUUUCACAAUGUUGAUGAAGUUGUAGCUGGUGCUUACGUCUGCCGCGGCAAACGCAGAGAUGACAUUCUGUUCGAGUGGACUGUGUGGGUGCACGUGAUGGCGAAGCCAGACUUUGACUCCUCUCACAGGCUUAACGUGGCUCUUAUAAGUGCUGGGGUGGCGCUGUGUGGAAUCCUUAUCUGCUGCGGUUCGGUGUAUUGGUACAGAAAAAACAAAUGCCGCUACGGCAAAGAAAGUAAACCAAAACCUAAAACCAUGUUUAUCAUACCACAGAUCAACAUCGUUGACAUGUCUGAGCACGUGACUAUGUUAGAGGAAGUUGACAAUCACGUGACAUCUAGCGACCAAUCAAAUGCAGCUUCCAAGCUAAUGUGAUCGUUUUCUUUUACAUAUUUCAUGAAUAGACUUGUAAAGUGUGUGCAGAUUUGAAAACUUUGAACACAGUUGUGAAUUCAUUUGCGAAUCCAUUACAAUACCUCCAUGAUUAUAAAUAGAUAGGUUUUGGUACGCUUGUUGGUAAAAUAAUUCAGAAGACAUUGCCAAGUUUUUGAAAUUAUUCCAAUGACCAUUAGACAUUGUUAUAGUCUAUGGACAUUGUAGACCAGAUGUUUUCACAUUUGGUUCUGAGAUUAUUCUUGUUUGAAAUUUAAAAGUUUGCUUAGUGGCAAAAUGCAGUUGUUCUACAACCAUACUGAUGCACUCGGAAAGCCUGGUAGUUUGUCAAGCUCUGCAUCCAUACUGAUGCACUCGGAAUGCCUGGUAAUUGGUCUGCUUGGUCAAGCUCUGCAUCCAUACUGAUGCACUCGGAAUGCCUGGUAGUUUGUCAAGCUCUGCAUCCAUACUGAUGCACUCGUAUGCCUGGUAGUUUGUCAAGCUCUGCAUCCAUACUGAUGCACUCGUAUGCCUGGUAGUUGGUCAAGCUCUGCAUACAUACUGAUGCACUCGGAAUGCCUGGUAGUUGGUCUGCUUGGUCAAGCUCUGCAUCCAUACUGAUGCACUCGGAAUGCCUGGUAGUUGGUCUGCUUGGUCAAGCUCUGCAUCCAUACUGAUGCACUCGGAAUGCCUGGUAAUUGGUCUGCUUGGUCAAGCUCUGCAUCCAUACUGAUGCACUCGGAAUGCCUGGUAAUUGGUCUGCUUGGUCAAGCUCUGCAUCCAUACUGAUGCACUCGGAAUGCCUGGUAGUUUGUCAAGCUCUGCAUCCAUACUGAUGCACUCGGAAUGCCUGGUAGUUUGUCAAGCUCUGCA